CUCUUCUGGCUGCCUGUUCUCAGUCAGAGACAGUGUGCUCUUGUGCUGUGCAGCAUUAUCUGUCUCUGAUCCACAAUGCCAAGGCUCGUUUUACCAAAUCCAGGCUUGGAAGAUCGAAUUCCCUCCUAUGAAGAACUGGAGAGGAGGGAAGUAGAGGAAGCAGAUGACCGACCCAAAUGGGACAACAAAGCUCAGUACAUGCUAACAUGUGUUGGAUUUUGUGUGGGAUUAGGAAAUGUGUGGCGUUUCCCCUAUCUCUGUCAGAGCCAUGGAGGAGGGGCAUUCAUGAUCCCGUUUCUCAUCCUACUGGUUCUUGAGGGUGUUCCUCUGUUGCAUCUGGAAUUUGCCAUUGGACAGCGGCUACGCAGAGGCAGUGUGGGUGUCUGGAGUUCCAUUCACCCAUACUUGAAAGGAAUGGGUAUAGCAUCAAUGCUGGUCUCAUUCCUGGUUGGUUUAUAUUACAACAGUAUAAUCGCCUUGGUCAUGUGGUACUUCUUUAAUUCAUUUCAAGAGCCUCUGCCCUGGCACAGCUGCCCGAUGACAGAAAAUAAUACAGGAAUUGUUGAUGAAUGUGCCAGGAGUUCUCCAGUAGAUUAUUACUGGUACAGAGAAACCUUAAACAUUUCUACUACAAUUGAUGAUUCAGGUGUUAUCCAGUGGUGGCUAUUACUCUGUCUGAUAAGUGCUUGGGCAGUGCUGUAUGUAUGCAUAAUCAGAGGCAUUGAAACAACUGGCAAGGCUGUGUAUGUUACCUCUACUCUCCCCUACCUGGUUCUUACCAUUUUCCUGAUUCGAGGACUGACGUUAAAAGGAUCUGUGGAUGGAAUAAAAUUUCUCUUUACACCAAAGGUGGAAGAGUUGGCAAAUCCAACCACAUGGUUAGAUGCUGGAGCACAAGUGUUUUACUCAUUCUCCUUGGCUUUUGGGGGUCUCAUUUCCUUCUCCAGUUAUAACUCUGUUCACAACAAUUGUGAGCGAGAUGCUGUGAUAAUCUCUGUGAUCAAUGGCUUCACAUCAGUAUAUGCAGCCACAGUAAUAUAUUCCAUCAUAGGCUUCCGGGCAACAGAGCGAUACGAUGCAUGUUUUGAUAACAAUAUCUUGAGCUUGACUAACGCUUUUGAUCUGUCAGAAACCAAUCUGACCAGAGACAACUAUGAUAGUGUCCUUCAGUACUUAAACAGUACCCACCCAGCGAAGGUUUCGGAGCUGGAUUUGAAAACCUGUGAUCUGCAAUCCCUUCUCAGUCAGGGUGUUGAAGGUACUGGAUUGGCCUUUAUUGUCUUUACUGAAGCUAUUACAAAAAUGCCAGUCUCUCCAUUGUGGUCCAUCUUGUUCUUUGUAAUGUUAUUCUGUCUCGGACUUUCUUCAAUGUUUGGGAAUAUAGAAGGUGUGCUGGGACCAAUAGAAGACAUGAAAAUCUUGCCAAAGAAAUGGCCCAAAGAACUUAUUACUGGACUGAUUUGCCUAGUGUGCUUCUUCAUUGCUUUCAUAUUUAUCAUAAAUUCGGGAAACUACUGGCUUGCCCUUUUUGAUGCCUACGCUGGCUCCAUCCCUCUGCUGAUCAUCGCUUUCUGUGAGAUGGUGUCCGUCGUGUAUAUUUAUGGCAUUGACAGAUUCAAUAACGACAUCAAAUGGAUGAUUGGUCACAAGCCAAAUAUCUUCUGGCAAGCGACCUGGAGAUUCAUUAGCCCCCUCAUAAUGUUGGUCAUAUUCCUGUUUUAUUUUGUAAUUAAAGUUAGGGAGGAGCUGACAUACAUUGUCUGGAAUCCCGAGUAUGAAGAUUUUCCCAACCUUGACAAGAAGUUUUAUCCUCCGUGGAUAACGGUGGUCAUUGUCAUUCUGGCUGGAGUGCCGAGUUUAGCCAUACCUUGUACAGCCUUGUACAUUUUCAUCAGAAACCAGUGCCGAAGGAAGGAGGACAGGCAAGGCCUCGUCCAUUCAACAUCAGUCGCCUCAGUGAAUGAAAAACAGAAUAAUGUUUAACUCCACAAAACAACAAUGCCUACUUGCACCACUUGCUUAAUUUCCACACACACUGAACUCAAAACAAAAAAAAGCACAUUACUGGAAUGUGGCAAAUGUCUAAAUUCCUUCCUAUUUUUUAUUUUAAAGCGGUAUUUUUCUAUGUGAUGUUGCAGUGCCCAACUCCCUGGCUCAUCAUUGUUUCAAGAAAUGUCCACUUGUUUGUUUGUAUCUUAAUGGAGAAAUGGGUCAGAAACAGAGGUUAGAUACUCUGAAUUGUUAUGUAGGACCAUUAAAUGAAAGGGAUAUUUGCAAUGUCAGUUAAUGUACCGCAGCCGUUUAAUUGAUGCUUUUAGUGCCUUGGGACGUUUCACUGUACUGAUGGUGCUAGAUAAAUACAGGUUGUUGCUGUUGUUGAAGUUGUUAUUUCACAUCAGCAUCUAUAUUUGUUAAGGGACCAACAUCUGUAAACCAUAAAUCAGUAAAACAUGCAAAAUUCUUUCCAGUCGCUGUUGUUAAAAUGUUGAGCAGAGGUGAAGCAGCAUGGCUUUUUACCAAUUUAAGCCAGGACCAAGGUUAAAUGAAAAGACAACUUUCAAUUCAAAUGUUUUAAGGCUACUUUUACGAAUUGAUUCGGCAUCUCUUCCCAGACACAAAACAAAAAAGCCUCGUCGAUAUUCUUCAAGCCCAGCAUAGAAGGGAUACCUCUUCCUGUUUCUGAUUUGCAAAAUCAAAGGUUAAUGAUUCAAAAGGCUAGAAGGGCCGGCGAUGAUAUUUGUACUUUGCUGUUUAUACCUACCAGUCAGGCAUGAAACGAUGAGAAAAUGCUCAUAAUGCAGGGAGACUGUGAAAGACAAAGGGAAAGCCGAGAGCACUUGCAGGUUCUUGUACAGACCGUAUUGAAGUUAAUAAAUUUUAUUCGUCCUGCCUGAUUAA